ACUUGCCAGACCAGUCCCACCUGUUCUCCUGAAACUACUUCUCUCUCUGCUCUAAGAGAUUAAGGUGACAACAACCUGCACUGAGUUGGAAAAGGCGCUGUAGUUAGGAAGUUGUUCUGCAGCAGAUGCAUCUCAUAAGACAUGUCAUUCGCAACUCAGCACUCAGCAUGGAAGGAUUGUGACUGCUGCUCUGUGUGCUAGUCCUGUGCUCUCCCAUGAACUACAAUGUCUCACUCUCAAAGAAGUGUGACUAGUGAACGAAACCCACCGUCCCAAAGAUCAUACCAUGACAGACCAAGAAGAGAGCGGUAUGGCCCCAAUGGACAGCAUAAUGGAGAAAGGAGAGACCAAAGAUCACAUAACAGAUUGCCUUCUCGGGCACCAGUAAGAGGCCAACAUUCAAGACCACCCACCGUCAUAUCUGAACGUUAUUCAAGACACAGUAAAGCAUCAUCUUUACAGCAUAGUCCUCCUGCUCACAGGUCUAACCCAGAAAAGCAGACCUUCUCAGAAAAGUGCUCCAAUCUAUGUUCAAUACGAGGUCUAUUGCAGAUGGUGGAGAUUCUCAUAAACCUGCUGGUCUUGAUAUGUGCCGUUGCCACUGAAAGUGCAUCAGCCGGCUUUUCGAGCCUUGGGGCAUUUAGCAGUGCUUAUUAUUACAGUAUGGGUUAUAGCAUGAGUGGAUUUCAGGGGGAUGAAGUGGAUCAGGUGGCGCAGUUAGAUAUACAGUACCACCGGAUGAAGCUUCCUACUAUUUAUGUUGCUGUUGCCAUCAGUCUUCUGCUGUUAACUCUAACACUGUCAUGCAUGGCAGCCAGUUGCAUGUCUGGCGCUGCUCAAAACAGGAAGCUUUUGCUGGCUGAGGGGGUGUUCAAUGUGUUGUCUGCUGUCACAUAUAUCAUAUUUAUUGCUCUCUAUAUGCACUUUAUCAGACAGAGCAAUGCUACAGAGGUGUGUAAGCGACGAGAGUCUCUUUACAAUCGCCAUGGCUAUAACUCUGUGACCUGUGAUUUCAUGGGUACAGAGAUGGCGGUGUGUGUGUUUUCUGUGGUACUGGUUGUGCUGUACAUUUCCAGUGCAGUGAUUGUUGGCUUUAUGUUGAGAGCAAUUAAAAUGAAUGCCAACACCCCAAAUCCACAGUCAUUAAACACAGAAGAACAAAAAGAAUCAGAGAUGCAAAAUCUCACAAGUGAGAGCAAAAAUAAAAUGCAAGAGAACAUCACUAGUGGACUUUUCAUUUAGUCUUAUUUUUAACUUCUGUCUACGCUACCUGCAGUGAAUAGCUCUAAUUUAACUGUGAUAAUCAACUUCUUA